AGACAGCCUGUGGCCACAGCAAACUGAGCAACUGAAAACGCAAACUGUGCACCGCAAACUGAGGCUCCUCCAUGUCGCAGAAACCCAUCAGCAAUGCUGAGGCGGAGCGUAUGAACCUAGUGGCCCAGGAUGCGAUCUGGAGAUAUCGCUUGAAAGCUGAAAAUGAAGCACGGCAAAACUGGUCUCAGAACUGGGGAUUUUUAGCAACUCCCCUUGAAAAGUUGAUCAAGGAUGAAGAAGAACCUUCCACCCCAAAGCCCAAAAUUGAACUUCCUGAACGAUUUCGCAUCCGGCCAGUGACCCCUGUGGAGAAAUACAUCAAGGUCCUCCCAUCCCCUCCCAUCCCAGAGACAACGCAAGGCUUCAUUGGCUGGAGAUCUUCAAAGCCAGAACUGAACAAGUGUCUGGGGCAUGACCAUGAGAUUCGAAGCUGCAAAGGGGCCUAUUCCAAGCAGCUUAACUGGCCAGAACAAGGCAUACACUGAACCAAUGUGGAGACCUGUGCAAUGAGUACAACCAAUAGCACCCAGUUCCGGGCAUGACUCUCCUCCGCAUUUGCUCAUGGGAUGUUGCAAAAUAUCCUGUAAACAUCCUCAAUUCCUCAGUGCUUCCUUUCUGGGAAAUUCUUGUAAAACUUUCUUAGCCAGUGUAACCAAUGAGGGUAAAUAGAUUCUCUGAAAUAUUUUGGUACCUUGGAAAAUACAAAACUUGGCUUUAAAAAUGUGACUUAAUUUUUAAAA